UAUAUUUUGGGAUGAAGGCAGUAGUAAUUUUUACAAUUACAACACACCCACGGUGACGGGCCCAACCUCUAGAACCUCUCAUACGCAAAUUCGUCACUCGCACGCAACUUCCAAAGCUCGAAUUGCAGAUGUGAGUAGAACGGUGUAAGAGCUUCAUAUGAUCCACAAGAUGUCAACAGCAAAGCCGGUUAAUAAGUUGGUUUCUUCUGUCAUACUUGAUUUGGAUGGCACUCUUCUUAACAUGGAUGGAGUAGUAACUGAUGUCUUGAAGAGUUUCUUAAUUAAGUAUGGAAAGCAGUGGGAUGGGAGAGAGGCUCUUAAGAUAGCUGGAAAGGGUCCCCUGGAAGGAUCUGCUGCUGUUAUUGAAGCUUAUGAACUACCUUGCUCGUCAGAGCAAUUUUUAAAAGAAAUCAGCCCACUAUAUUCUGAUAGCUUGAGCAAGGCCAAACCUCUUCCCGGCGCCAACCGGUUGAUUAAUCAUUUGCAUAGACAUGGUAUUAAGAUCGCCUUGGCCUCAAACUCUUCUCGGUCAAUCAUUGAGAAGAAAUUAUCCUAUAAUAAAGGGUGGAAAGAAUCAUUUUCUGUUGUAAUUGGUGGAGACGAAGUAAAAGCAGUGAAGCCAUCUCCGGAUAUGUUCCUUGAAGCAGCCAAAUGGCUCAACGUCCAGCCUUCCAAUUGCCUCGUUAUUGAAGAUUCUAUACCUGGUGUUACUGCGGGCAAGGCCGCUGGAAUGGAGGUGGUUGCUGUACCAUCACUCCCGAAACAAUCGCAUCUCUACACAGUGGCAGACGAAGUCAUUAAUUCUCUAUUUGAUUUUCGCCCAGAGCAAUGGAGCUUGCCUCCCUUUGAAGAUUGGAUCGAAGGAACCCUCCCUGUAGAACCUUGGCAUAUUGGCGGUCCUGUUAUUAAGGGAUUUGGCCGUGGGUCGAAGGUACUUGGCAUUCCCACAGCUAAUUUAUCCACAGAAGGCUUUUCAAAUCUUCUUUCUGAAUAUCCAUCCGGUGUAUACUUUGGUUGGGCGGGAGUUUCCAAACAAGGAAUCUACAAGAUGGUCAUGAGCAUUGGGUGGAAUCCUUACUUCAAUAAUCCAGAGAAAACUAUAGAACCUUGGUUGCUUCAUGAGUUUGAGGAUGACUUUUAUGGAGAAGAAUUGCGCCUUGUUGUUGUUGGUUAUAUACGACCGGAGGCCAAUUUCCCUUCUCUGGAAAGCCUUGUAGCAAAGAUCCACGAGGACGGGAGAAUUGCAGAGCGAGCUCUUGAGCUUCCGGUUUACUUGAAAUACAAAGAUGACCCCUUUUUAAGUAGCUUGUUUGAGACCAUUUGUAGCAGCUAGUCAUAAGUGACAAUUAACUGCAUACUGAUUGCAUUUGAAGGAUACAAUCAUAAUAUUUAUUGGUUUUGUGAAGUUGGAGAUGAUGUAUAUUCAUUGUUACUUUGCCAGCUCCAAAUAUGAUUAUGAAUUCAUGUGUGCAAAACAUUGAGAAAACAUGUUUUUGUUAUAUAUGGAAAUACGAAGAUAGUGGCUUUGGUGAA